GGAAGUAAAGAGAUUAGGAAUCAAUGGGCAGGCAGGUCCAGAAACGAACAGAAUGCUGUGGAAGUGGGGUCCCUAGAGAGGGACUUGUUAGGAGACUUUCAGGCUGUUUUGUUUAAAUGUACCACCCAGGCAUUUGCCUGAUAACUUGAAGCAACCCCAGACCUAGCCCCCAGUAUAUAUUGCCGGUUGCCACUCUCUCCUGUCUAUCUUUCCUGUGCUGGAGGCCUACGGAGAUUCCCCAGGGUCUAAACCACAACUAGAGUCAAUACUGACCUUUGAACUCCAUUAACUCACCACAAAGUGGGAUGUGACCGCGCCACAGAAUAAAGCAAUAUUGAAAGUAGUUGAAGAAUUUGUGAAGAUGAACCCUGAAGAGUCUCCCAACUCACAACCAUCCGGUAUACAUAAGCGCUCUGGCGUUUACUUUGCCACUGGACUCCAGGAAGAAGAGAAGGCGGCUGUGAACAAACGUAGCUCCAAGGUGUUGGAGGCUCUGCAAAAGCUGAACAUCCAGGCUGACCAGGCUCCAGUCAUUGCUGUCCUGGGCUCUGGUGGGGGGCUGCGGGCCCACAUCGCUUGUCUUGGGGUACUGAGUGAGAUGAAAGAACUUGGCCUGUUGGAUGCUAUCACAUACCUCGCAGGAGUCUCCGGGUCCACUUGGGCAUUGUCUUCAUUCUACAUCAACAAUGGAAAUAUGGAAGGGAUGGAAGAGGAGCUGAAACAGCGAUAUGAGAAGAAUAGGUGGCACUUUGGAGAGAACUUGGAGAAAGCCAUACAGGCAGCAAAGAAGGAGAAUUACUCCAUGACUGACUUUUGGGCCUAUUUUGUUGUUUCCAGGCAAACCAGAGAACUACAGAACUCUAACUUGUCCAGCAUAAAGAAGCAUGUGGAAGAAGGACUGCUGCCCUAUCCAAUCUUUGCAGCUGUUGAUGGUGACCUUCAGCCUGACUGGAGGAAGAGAAAAACUCAGAAGUCCUGGUUCGAAUUCACCCCUCAUCAUGCUGGCUACCCUGCACUUGGGGCUUACGUCCCCAUCACACAGUUUGGAAGCAGAUUUAAGAAUGGAAAAUUGGUUAGAUCUGAGCCUGAGAGAGACUUGAAUUACCUGAGAGGUUUAUGGGGAAGUGCUCUAGCUGAUAUGGAAGAAAUUAAGAAAUUUAUUUGUGACAUGUUAGCAGACUUGAGAGCAAAAUUGAAGCAGGGACGUUUGUUUAUGGGAGCGGCUGGAGCAGCGGCUGGAGCAGCAGCAUACACGGAAGCACCAGAGACACAGGUGGAUGAAGUGCUCUUGGAUUUAAUGAUGGCUUUUCUUAAAGAUCAGAAUGACCCCAGCAUCAAGGAUAAGCUCCAGGCCCUGCAGCAGGUUCUGAGUGCUAAGAGAGAUGUGUUUGGUGAACACAAGUACAUCUGGCUGGCUGAGGUAGUCCAGAAUUGGAAUGAGAUCUCUCCCAAGGAGAAGGAGCAGUUUCUUGAAUAUCUGUUGUACUGCUUCAUGAGGACACAAGCGCUUCCUGUGGGUGCCACGCAUGGACAGACAAACAGGGUCGGGAGUUAUCUCUGGGACACUUUUACUUUUCUGAGUAAAACUGGAAUUUGUUGUUGGAGGUGGGAAUGGGGAACUGUUUACAACUUCCUCUAUAAAAACGGUAACAUCACAGAUGAGGCCAUGCAGAGCCGGGAGUUUCUGCAUCUGGUGGAUGCUGGUUUGGCUAUCAACACUCCGUACCCGCUUGUUUUGUCUCCGGCUCGUGAAGCUCACCUCAUCCUCUCGUUUGACUUCAGUGCUGGAGAUCCACUAGAGACUGUCAGGACCACAGCGGACUACUGCCAACGCUAUGGAAUCCCUUUUCCUCAAGUGAGAGAGGAUCAGCUGAAGGAGUGGGCCAAAGCCCCAGCGAGCUGCUACAUCCUCAGCGGGGAAACUGGACCUGUUGUCAUGCAUUUUACUCUGUUCAACAAGAACAGCUGUGGAGAUAACAUUGACACAUGGAGAAAAAAAUAUGAGACAAUGAAACUAUCUGACUUCUACACACCAGACCUUGUGGCAGAUUUGCUGAGGGUGUCUAGGGAGAAUGUUCGGAUUAACAAGGAUAAUAUCCUCGGUGAGAUGAGGAAAGUGGCUGGGAAAACUGGCAACUUGUUAAGGAUGAAUAAGGAGGACUCCUUGGGAUACACAGUGCAGAAUGUCCAAAGCUCUCGGACUGUGGAGAUUAAGAUAUCCAACAACACGGACAUAAUAUUCAAGGAGCCCUUGCACUACUUACGGAGUGGGCAUGUACUAGUGGACCCAUCACCUGUGCUGUCUCCAAAGUCUACCGUCAGCUGUUCCUUUGUGAAGAAGAGCUCCAGCUUCCAGGGCACUGUGGGCAUGCUGGUCUACCAGGGCCCAAGUGUCCACCUGGCCUUACUGUUCUCUAUUCCUUUCAACUAUGCUCUUCACAGAAUUAAGUUUGCCUUAGCCAUCAUAACCGAGCCAGUCUCCAGAGACCUGGAGAGUGUUUUUGAUGACAUCAUUCAGGGAAAUGGGUCUCCAGAGCAAAAGGUAGCAAAGUAUGAACUUCAGAUCCCUCAGGGGACCCUGAAGUUGGAACAUGACUCCUUGAUUAUCAGAGCCACAAUGUCCAACAUGCAUGUGGCUAAAAUGGAUGUAGUGGUUGAGACCAAAGCUGUUUAAAAGUUUCCUUCCUUCAUCCAUAACUGCUCAUUUUACACUUCGGUCAGAUUGGUUGCCUCUGUAAAAGGAGAGAUCUCAGCUGAAAUCAUGGCCCAUCUCUGCAGAGUCAAGAAACUCUGUAAACGCUUUCUGCUUGACUAACAGAUUGAUGAUGCAUUUCUUAGUCCCUUAUCAUCCCGCUGUAUCCUAUGUAACCCUUGAUAUAUCCUUUAUUCUUUAUUCCCUGAAUGAAUGCUGUGUGGCUUGCUUUCCAUAUUUUUCUCCCUCAACAUCUUCCCUUCAGUCUGUUUUAAUAGGUACCUCUCUUGGCUGUCUUAUCUGAUGCCUCUGUCCUCUUUUCUGCUUGCCUGCCUCCUCUCCUUUCUGUCUCCCUCCCACCUGUAAGUGUGAGGUCAAGCUCAAUGACUCUGUAUCUGAUUUGGGUCUUGGUCCCACAGUUCACUCAUUGUAAGAGCACAGGCAAGUCCUUUCACAUGUGAGCCUCACUUUCAUCGUUGGUGGAGUAGAUAAUUGUAUCUGUGUCCUGGGAGGCUCAUGAAUGAAGUCCUAAGACCCUAAGACCAGCUCUGCUAAAGGCAAAGUUUUCAAGAGGCAGUACCCAUUAUUUUUUCCCAAGCCAAUGUUUGUUUCUUUUGAUUAAAAAUUUGUUGCUUUUAGGUGGCAUACAAGAUAAUUGGGUUCAUCAUGGCGUUUUAUAGACAUAGGUAAUUGUAAUUUGUUAAUACUUGUUCCCCAUUACCUCCAUUUGGCCCCACUUCCUUCUCACGUGGGUCUUCUUCCUCCCUCCAGAUACUCUCCUCCUGCUCUUAUGUCAUAGGUAUGUGUGCAUAAAUAUAUGUUUUAACCUAAAUUUGCAUAUAAAAGAAGACAUGCCAUGUUUGUCUUUUUUCUCUCCUAAUUUCCUUCUUGUCCUUCAUCUCUUUAGACUCCUUUCUUUCCACCAAAUUGUCCUCUUCUACUUUUUCAACAUAUGUAGUACAUAGAUAAAGAUAAGUAAAAUAGGUAGAUAGGUGAUAGAGGGUAGAUACAAGGUAUAUAGAUAGAUGGUUAAGAUAGAUGAUAAAUACAUGACAGAAGAAAGAUAGUAGGCAGAUAGAGAGAUAGCUAUUACACUUAGGAGGGAAACCAUUAUACUUGUCUUUUUGAGGCUGGGUUAUUUUGUUUAACAUGGUGGGCUCCAGGUUUGUCCAUUUUCCUACACACAAUGUGACUUCACUCUUCUUGAUGAUUCAUUAAAUGUUAAAGACUGCUA